CCUCCUCCUCCUUCAACAGCAGCAGCAGCAGCGCCGACACUUUCGGACCCGACACGCACCCAACAUGUUCCGAACUCUGGACGCUGCGCUCGUCGUGUUGCUGGCCGCCUCUCUGCGGCGCACGUCGGGCGGCUACGGCGGCGGCGCGGGCUCAGCUCUCUCCUCGGCUCAAAGCUCGCCGCCGGACCCGUGCUACGACGAGCACGGCACCCCGCGUCGUUGCAUCCCGGACUUUGUCAACUCGGCGUUCGGCAAGGAGGUGAAGGUGUCCAGCACCUGCGGCCACCGGAGCGCGAGCCGCUUCUGCAUGCUCAGCGCGGCGGACAAGGCGGACGAGAGGAGCCGCAGCUGCCACACGUGCGAUGCGGCCGACCCCAAGCGGAACCGGCCCCCGGCCUACCUCACCGACCUCAACAACCCGCACAACCUGACGUGCUGGCAGUCGGAGAACUUCGUCCAGUACCCGCAGAACGUCACGCUCACGCUCUCCCUGGGCAAGAAGUUUGAGGUGACCUAUGUCAGCCUCCAGUUCUGCUCGCCGAGACCCGAGUCCAUGGUGAUCUCCAAGUCCAUGGACUACGGCAAGACCUGGGUGCCCUUCCAGUACUACUCGAGCCAGUGCCGGAAGAUGUACAACAAGCCCAACCGGGCCGCUAUCACCAAGCAGAACGAGCAGGAAGCCAUCUGCACUGACUCGCACACGGACAUGUUCCCGCUGAGCGGAGGUCUGAUCGCAUUCAGUACGCUGGACGGGAGACCCUCGGCCCACGACUUUGACAACUCGCCCGUGCUGCAGGAUUGGGUGACGGCCACCGACAUCCGCGUCACUUUUAGCCGACUGCACACCUUCGGCGACGAGAACGAGGACGACUCGGAGCUGGCGCGGGACUCGUACUUCUAUGCCGUGUCCGACCUGCAGGUGGGCGGCCGCUGCAAGUGCAAUGGACACGCGUCGCGCUGCGUCAAGGACCGCGAGGGCGAGAUGGUGUGCGAGUGCAAGCACAACGCGGCCGGACCGGAGUGUGACAGGUGCAAGCCCUUCCACUACGACCGGCCGUGGCAGAGGGCUACCGCACGGGAAGCCAACGAGUGCGUCGCCUGUAACUGCAACCUUCACGCCCGCCGCUGCCGCUUCAACAUGGAGCUGUACAAGCUGUCGGGGAGGAAGAGCGGAGGCGUGUGCCUCAACUGCCGCCACAACACGGCCGGACGCCAUUGCCACUAUUGCAAGGAGGGCUACUACCGGGACAUGUCCAAACCUAUCUCGCACAGGAAAGCCUGCAAGGCAUGCGAUUGCCAUCCCGUGGGUGCGGCCGGCAAAACCUGUAACCAAACCACAGGACAAUGUCCCUGUAAAGACGGCGUGACCGGUAUCACGUGCAACCGCUGCGCUAAAGGUUACCAGCAGAGCCGCUCGCCCAUUGCCCCGUGCAUAAAGAUUCCAGUUACACCGCCUACGACACCAGCCAGCAGUACAGAAGAGCCCUCAGACUGUGACUCUUACUGCAAAGCAUCAAAAGGCAAACUGAAAAUCAACAUGAAGAAGUAUUGCAAGAAGGAUUACGCUGUCCAGGUCCACAUUCUGAAGGCGGACAAGGCCGGCGAGUGGUGGAAAUUCACCGUCAACGUCAUUUCCGUCUACAAGCAAGGCGAGAGUCGGAUUCGUCGCGGGGACCAGUUCUUGUGGGUCCGCGCCAAAGACGUGGCCUGCAAGUGUCCCAAGAUCAAGCCCGGCAAGAAAUAUCUGCUGCUGGGCAACGACGAGGACUCCCCCGGCCAGAGCGGCGGCGUGGUGGCGGACAAAGGCAGCCUGGUUAUCCAGUGGAGGGACACGUGGGCACGCAGGCUGCGGAAGUUCCAACAGCGGGAGAAGAAAGGAAAGUGCAAGAAGCCGUAAAUGGGAAAAGACGCAGGAGGAGAGAAAAGCUCCAGAAGAAAAAAAAAAAAAGAAAGACAAAAGACUACAGCCGAAAGAGACUGUUGACGUCGCUGCUUUUUUGGUUUUCUUUAAUUUUGUAGCGUU